AGCUCCUAGAGCUCUCCAGAUGACGAAACGUACCUAGGUAGAUACCCCAAACCCCCCACCAAUCACCUCCUGCACCCAAAUAUUCCCACGCAUCCACUCACCGGCCAAGCUCCCCACCAACAGCCAAAACACUUCCGAGUCCAAUACCGAAGAACUAAAAAUACAGUGAUACUUCCGACCCUGCCAGAUCUCACCAACUGAUACUACCUCGCCCGUCCUAAUGCCGUGGGGCUGUAUAAUCUUACCACUGGCAAGCUGCCAUAACCGACCCUGUACCUACCCCACAAAGGCCGAGCCAGUCCGCCACGAUUGCCAUGCAACCAAAACAGCUCUGCCCCACCACCCUUAUGAAUCCACUAGCAAGCGAAGCUCGACUGAUUGAAGGUAUCAACUAAGCAUAGAAAUAGUAUUUCUUUGGAGAAGGAAGACACUAAGAUUUUUUUGAUACUAGAAGCUUCCAGUUGAGAUCUUUCAAGCUUUGAGCUCGAGUCCUUAUAUUCAUUCAUAAUUCUACAGUUUGGAUAUUCUCUGAAGAACACUCAACUCAGCUUUACCACAAAGAAACCUAGCACCAAAUACAACAAGCGAGACAAUCGAAUGGGCGAAGUCGAUACAACAAUGUCGACUGCUUCGGAAGAGAGCUAUGUCCUUCUCCCACGGGAACCUCUAACGGAUCCACGUGCAACAUUCCACUAUACGGAUUUACAACGUAGCAAGCCGACGAGAGAAAAUGAUCCUUAUGAGUAUAUGGCUGGAUUUGGGAAUCGAUUUCAGUCCGAAGUCAUUCCAGGAACUCUCCCAGCAGGUCAAAAUAACCCACAGGAAGUUCGAUUUGGACUUUACACAGAAGGCAUUACGUAUUCUGCCUUUGCAGCUCCAAGACAGGAGAAUAAGAGCACUUACAUGUACCGGAUUCGACCAGCUGCUGCACAUAAUGGCUACCAUUCAGUUCAAUCUCCCGCAACGAUAGAGAGCUGCUUCCUUUCUCUCAACCCCAAAAUCAAAACUCUCCCACAACAAGUAGAAUGGACGCCCUUCCCAAUCCCACCCCCCUCCCAACCAACAGACUUCAUCGACGGUCUGCACACCCUCUGCGGCUCCGGCGACCCCAACCUAAAAGAAGGCAUCGCCCUCCACAUCUACACCUUCAACACCAACAUGACCCGCCGCGCAUUCUGCAACACAGACGGCGACAUGUUGAUCUGUCCACAGCAGGGAAACCUCGACGUCCAAACAGAGAUGGGAAUGAUGUUCGUGCAGCCCGGCGAGAUAUUCGUUAUUCCCAGAGGUGUCCGGUUCUUGAUUCGUCUUGCCUCGUCAACGCCUGAAAAUGAAGGAGACAAAGAUGAGAACCCCGGAGCACGAGGAUACAUAACCGAGAUCUGGGGCUCAUCGUGGGAAUUACCUGACCUGGGACCGAUUGGUGGACAUGGACUUGCGAAUCCGAGGGAUUUUCUGGUGCCCGUUGCGCAUAUUGAUGAAUUGGAGGAGUUACAUGCUGAGUGGGAGGUGGUGUGUAAAUUGAAUGGGAAGUUGGAGGCGAUUGGGCAGGAUCAUAGCCCGUUUGAUUUGGUUGCUUGGCAUGGGAAUGUGGUGCCUUAUAAGUACGACCUCACGAAAUUCAGUUCCCAAAACAGCACCAGCAUCGACCACACCGACCCCUCAAUCAACACAGUCCUCACCGCCAAAUCCUCCUUCCCACACGUCCCCCUCUGCGACUUUCUCUGGUUCGGACCUCGCUGGGACGCCGCAGCAAACACCUUCCGCCUGCCGUACUUCCACCGGAACUCAGCGAGCGAGUUCCUCGCCUGUUUGUAUGGGAAUGGACUUGGUAGGAGUGACGACUUUAAGCCUGGUGGGGGGAGCUUUGAGGGGGGACAUACGCCGCAUGGCGGUAACAACGACGGCUACGUCAACGAAAUGAAAAUCCAAAAGAGCCAACCCCGUAAAAUCCUCGAAAACCAAAUGACAAUCAUGAUCGAAUCCUCCCGCACCUUCCUCUUCACCGAGUGGGCCCACACCGGCAGCGGAACAAUGCACCUCGAAGGCACCGACCCGCGAGCCUGGGAUAGACUCCCCGAUAAAUUCUCAUCUUACCCGGGCAUCAAAGACUUGCUUCAGAGAGUCAAAGAUGAUAAGGCUGCGGCGAGGGAGAGGUUGGAGUAUUACCAUGAUGCGAAGAUUGGGAGGUUUGUUUGAGGGGGUGAGACGAUGGGAGAUCUAGAGGUGUGAGGAGUGCGUUGGUGAGAGGCAGGCGACGAAGACCUAGCUGGAGUCGAGUGAGGUGUUGGUUGGUGGUCACGGUCCUGACAUGUUGUGCAUUUCUUCUUAUUCCAAGUUUUUUGUUCUGUUCUCCUCAUACUCUCUCUACCACCUUUACAUGUUCUCCCUUUCAUUUAGUUCCAUCUAAUCUGAUCUGUUUUGCUCCUCUGUUAUGUUCGUAGUCGUCGUUGAUCUGAAGGAGACGCGAAAUUGAUAGCUUGAUGACCUGAUAUCUAUCUACAAGCUGCAUCUCAGUCACUUAGUUUCAUGUUCUAGCUUCUUGUUUUUUUCUUCUUUUUUUUUUAGCUAUCACCUGCUGUUUGUUGUUUCCAUGCCGCCUAUUCCCUCGUUCAUCUUCUCGCACCUACUCACUCACGCAGAUCACGAUGUAGCUAAAUUACAUACCCUUCUCAACUACAGAA